UAAUAAUAAUAUCUCCAACUUUUACAAGGUUUUAAACUUUAUUAAUAAAUCGAAAUGGGAUUUUUAAGUGUAAUUUCAAACGCACUAACUUGGGAUGAAAUGGAAAAAGCUCAAGACCAAAUCAAACUCUACGGUGUCCUCCAAGCAAUUAAACUUUAUGAUACCUUUAAGCAUUUGGACAAGAAAUUGGAAGACCUUAAAUGGGGUGAAGAACUUGAAUACCAUGUAGGCAAACUUGACCAUAAAGACAAGAAAGCUAAGAUUGUUGUUGAAGGAUAUAAGAAAGUCAUCGAAAUACUCAAAGAUAUUGAGCAAGAUGAGUUCGACUACCAAGCUGAGUUCGGUUCUUGGAUGGUUGAGGCCGUCCCAGCAAAACCUUAUACUAUUUAUGAUGCCAAAGGUCCUAUUGAGGCAUUUAAGUCUCUUCACAGAAGAAGAAAAAUUGUCAAUGAUGAGAUUUUCAUGACCGGAAUGAUUAUGUCAUCUCUUUCAAGCUGGCCAAACCUUGGUGCUGGUGACUUCUUCCACACUGAAGAUGAUAAAUUGUAUGAUGUCACAGAUUAUGAAGAGUAUAACAAAGCUUCUAAUAGUGAGUAUAUACUAGAUGAUAUGACAAACCCUCACCCAAGAUUCCCAGCUAUGAUGAGCUCAGUUAGAGAAAGAAGAGGCAAGAAAGUUGAUAUCAGAGUACCUCUCUACCCUGAUGAAAAUACCGGUGAAGGUAAAAUCGAUGGGCACAAGACCCCAGGUGAAAUUCAUAUGGAUUCACAACACUUUGGAAUGGGAGCAUCUUGCGUUCAAAUUACUUUUGAAGCUCAAAAUAUAGAGCAUGCAAAAUACAUGCAUGAUUGCUUCAUUCCUUUAGGACCUAUCGUAGGUGCUCUAGGAGCCUCUGCUCCAAUUUAUAAAGGCCAGCUAGCAAACUGGGAUUUCAGAUGGAAUAUUAUCGCUAGCUCUGUUGACUCAAGAAAAGAUGAAGAACUAUCUCCAGACCAUCAUAACUAUAUGCCAAAAUCAAGAUAUGCCGGGAUGAACCAUUAUCUCUCAGACCACCCUUACUUCUGUGGAGAUGGUAUUAAUGAUGGAUACAAACUAAAAAUCAACCAAGAAUGGUUUGAUAAACUAAAGGAUUCAGGAAUGACUGAUAGGCUCGCUUAUCACUUUGCUUCUUUGUUCUCUCAUGACUCUCUUGUGAUUUUCGAAGACCGUCUGGAAUUUGAUCCAGAUAGUACAGAACACUUUGAGAAUCUUAACAGUACAAAUUGGAACUCUGUGAGGUUCAAGCCUCCUCCAUCCUACGACUCUCCUAUAGGAUGGAGAGUUGAGUUCAGGCCAGUCGAUAUCCAAACCACUGAUUUUGAGAAUGGAGCUUACGUUGCUUUGCUAAACUUGCUGACUAAGGUGAUCAACGACUUCGAUGUUGACUUUUCACUUCCAAUUUCUCUCUCAGAUAUUAAUAUGGAGAGAGCUCACGAAAUUGACGCUGUGACUAAGCAAAAGUUCUGGUGGAGAACCAACAUUGUCAAGGAAGGAUCUGAUUAUACUAAGAACCCAGCUAAAGAUAAUAACUGGGCCUUCUUCGGAGAGCCAGACCAAAACAACUUUGAUCCUUCUAACUUUGCAGAAAUGACUAUAGCUGAAAUCCUCGAAGGAAGCGAGGAAUACUCAUAUAAAGGGCUUCUACCACUGAUAGAUGAGUAUAUGGCUCUAAACAAGUUCAGUGAAGAAGACUUGAAAUUCUACAACGUUAUUUUCAAGUUCCUAGCUCAGAGAGGUAGAGGAGAAGUAAAAACUGGAGCCCGUUACAUGAGAGAUUUCGUUUUAAACCACCCUGACUACCAAAAAGACUCUGUUGUAAACGAGAAAAUCUGCUACGAUCUCGUUAAGGAGACCACAUUGCUUGGAGCUAGGCUAAAGUGGGACGAAUCUUUUCUUGGAGUUGAGGGAGAGGAGCUUGAAUAUGAAUAA